AUGCUUCUUGCAGGGCCCUUAACAAACAAUCUUCUGAGGGACUUUAGCAGAAAUCAUGCCACCAGUCAAUCCUGGGUUUCUGGAGCUUCAGAAAGAGGCGACGUCUUUGACUGCAGCCAUGCACUGCCCUCAAAGCUCAGAGACCACUUCCAGUAUCUUCAGAGUCGGGGGGUGACGCACUACAAGGUGCCCCUCUCCUGGUCCCACAUCCUCCCCACAGGAGACCCCAGUCGGCCCCAUCGGGACACAGUGAGCUGCUACAGGACCCUUCUGGAGCAGCUGACUGAAUCAGGCCUGCAGCCCCUGGUGGUCUUACACCGCUCAGCUGUUCCAGAGGGACUCAGGGCCACACUUGGGGACUGGGACAGUCCUCAACUGCCAGAGGCCUUUGAGCGUUAUGCAGAAUUUGUGUUUGCAGAGUUCAGAGACUCGGUCAAGUACUGGAUCACAUUCAGUCAUCUAGGUGAAUUGAAGGGGGAUGCAAAAUUUGAUGCACCAUCUGUCCAAAAUGCCCUCCAAGCUCACACCAGAGUGUACCAGCUCUACCACAUGAUCAGUGACAAAGGUGGUCAAGUAUCCCUUGGGUUAAAGGCCAAUGAGUUUGGUGCAGUUUUUCAACAUGACACUUUGUCCAUGAUGGUCAUUGGCCAGCCAGUUUUAAUCUACGACCUGAACAUCAAGCAGUGCUCAAAAGAAGAAACGCUCCAGCCCCUGACCAGUGUGUUGAGAGUUUUACACAGCAAAGAUUUACCAAUCCGGGGAUUUGACAUCACUAACAUAUUUGGAAUGUUAGAAGAGGAAAAGCCAAUGAGUCACAAAGAAAUCUUAACAAGUGAUGAGCCUGAGAGGAACACUUUCUCAUCCACAUAUGAGAACGUUUGGCAGAGUUUUAGCUCUCAGUCCCCAUCUGAGCGUGAUGACUUCCUGAUUGGAUCAUUUCCUGAGGGCUUUCAGUGGGCCGUCUCCAGUGAGUCUUUCAAAGUGGAGGGCGGCUGGUCUGAAGAUGGCAAGGGGGAAACAAUAUGGGACCGUUUUGGACACCAGGGUCAUGUGUUUGAUAACCAGACUGCUGACCUGGCUUGUGACAGCUACAACAAGGUGGACUAUGAUGUGUACCUGCUCAGAGGUCUACACACCAAAACCUUUCAGUUUUCCAUAUCUUGGGCCCGAAUCUUCCCUACUGGCCACAGGGGGAGCCUGUCAGAGAAAGGAGCCCUUUAUUAUGACAACCUCAUCAACACACUCCGUCAGUCAAACAUAGAGCCCGUUGUCACCCUUUAUCACUGGGACCUUCCUCAGGCCUUACAAGACAAUGAAGGCUGGAUGAAUUCCAACAUUGUGGAGGCGUUUAAAGACUUUGCAGACUUUUGCUUCUCCAGAUUUGGAGACAGAGUGAAGACCUGGAACACCUUCAGCAGUCCGUGGGUCGUGAGCCACUCUGGUUAUGGCACUGGUCAGCAUGCACCAGGAGUCACGGACCCAGUAGUUUCAUCCUAUCAGGUGACCCAUAACAUACUCAAGUCCCAUGCUGAGGCCUGGCAUGUCUACAAUGAUAACUACAGGACACAGCAGGGUGGGAUAGUGGGGAUAGCUCUGAACUCAGACUGGGCUGAGCCUCUGAACGUCACCAGUCCUCAGGACACUGAGGCAGCUGAACGCUACCUGGACUUCAUGCUGGGCUGCUAUGCACACCCCAUAUUUGUGAAUGGAGACUAUCCAGCAAAGUUCAAGGCUCAGAUUGAAAAGAAAAAGCAGGAGUGUCAGCCCAAUGUGGUAGCAAGACUUCCCGUGUUCACAGAAGCUGAGAAACUGCGGAUCAAAGGAACAGCAGAUUUCUUUGGGCUGAACCACUACACCACCCGUCUUGUAAAUGGGAGUAGCGGACAGUGUGUUCCAGGACCUCAUGGUGUUGGAGACUUCCAGUCUCACGUUGACCCCAGCUGGCCAACCAUAGACUCUGACUGGAUUCACCCAGUGCCAUGGGGACUUCGUCGUCUGCUCAAGUACAUCUCAGCACAGUACACAGUCACCAAAGUGCCAAUACACAUUACUGGAAAUGGGAUGCCAAUGUAUUACAAUGGUGAAAGCUUCAAUGACACAGAACGCAUUAACUUCCUCAGGAGUUACAUAAAUGAGGCAAUGAAAGCAAUCAUUGUUGACGGCAUUGAUGUGCAGAGGUACACUGUUCAGUCCCUAAUGGAUGGUUUCGAAGGUCCACAAGGCUAUAGCCAAAGAUAUGGUUUGCAUUAUGUUGACUUUGAAGACAUCAAUAGACCUCGCACUCCAAAAGCAUCUGCAUACUUCUACUCUCGUGUAGUUCAAAUGAAUGGCUUUGAAAAUCUUCAGUCAAGAACAGUGUCAUAUGUUCCAAAUUCAGUAACAAUAAAGCACCAAGUCCUGGCUCCAUCAAAGGUCCCAUCCUUAUCCAAAGUGGUUUGGGAAAAAUUUUCACAUCAAACUAAAUUCCAGAGGAAACUUUACCACUACGGAACAUUCCCUGAAGGAUUCCAGUGGGGUGUCUCUUCGUCAGCCUAUCAGAUUGAAGGUGCGUGGAACACAGAUGGAAAAGGAUCAAGUGUAUGGGACACAUUCACUCAGAAGCCUGGGAACAUCCCAAACAAUGAAACUGGCAAUGUGGCAUGUGACAGUUACAAUAAGGUGGAAGAGGAUCUCUACAUGCUAAGAGCUCUAGGAGUGAAGUCCUACAGAUUUUCCUUGUCCUGGUCAAGAAUAUUUCCGAAUGGCCAUAGAUCCUCUAUGAAUCAGAAGGGAGUAGAUUAUUAUAAUAAACUGAUCGAUGGUCUAAUUGCCAAUAAAAUCAACCCAAUGGUGACUCUCUACCACUGGGACCUUCCUCAGGCUCUACAGGACGAUGGUGGAUGGGAAAAUCCCAACAUGAUUGACAUCUUCAAUGACUUUUGUGACUUCUGCUUUGCCACCUUUGGUGACAGAGUCAAGUUCUGGAUCACAUUCAACCAACCUCAAACUACUGCUUGGUCUGGUUAUGGACUGGGCCAGUUUCCUCCCAGUGUUAAAGAUCCAGGAUACACCCCUUACAGAAUUGCACACAAUCUCCUCAAAGCUCAUGCAAAAGCAUAUCACACCUAUGAUGACAAGUACAGACCAACUCAAGUAGGACAGGUGUCCAUCAGUCUCAAUGCAGAUUGGGUUGAGCCAAAAGAUCCCAACACCCCUCGACAAAUAACGGCUGCUGACCGAGCCCUCCAGUUCCAGCUGGGCUGGUUUGCCCACCCCAUCUUCAAAAAUGGCGACUACCCUGAUGCCAUGAAGUGGCAAGUUGGCAACAAGAGUGACCUUCAGGGUCUAGAAGUGUCCAGACUACCAACUUUCACUGAUCAAGACAAAACAUAUAUACAAGGGACUGCUGAUUUUUUCAGCAUCAAUGCUUAUACUACAAAAGUGGUUCAUCAUGUGACAACUGCGCUUUUUCCUCCAUCAUAUGCAACUGACCAGGACCUGGGUUGGGAAGAGGAGGCAGAUUCUCAUCCCACUGCUCUGAAUGACCAAAAAGCUGUAGCAUUUGGACUCGGAAGACUUCUGAACUGGAUAAAGGAGGAAUAUGGUGACCCUGAUAUUUAUAUUACUGAAAAUGGAGUGGCUACAGACUCUGAAACCACAGUUGAUGACACAGACAGAUAUUUUUUCUACAAGACAUAUAUAGAUGAAGCCCUAAAAGCUCACAGCCUGGAUGGAGUGAAAGUGAAAGGCUACAUGGCUUCUGCCCUCAUGGAUUCCUUUGAAUGGCUGAAUGGCUAUAAGGUGGGAUUUGGACUCCAUCAUGUUGACUUUGAACAUCCCUCCCGUCCAAGGACACCAAAGCGAUCUGCUCACUACUAUUACCAAAUCAUCAAACAUAAUGGCUUUCCACUACCAGAUGAGGAGAAACGGAUCUAUGGUCAUUUCCCAGAAGGCUUCCGCUGGAGUACGGCAACAGCAUCAUAUCAGAUUGAAGGUGGCUGGAGGUCAGAUGGGAAGGGUCUAAGUAUCUGGGACCAGUUCGCUCAUACACCACUACGGGUGUGGGAUGAUGACACCGGAGACAUUGCCUGUGACAGCUACAACAAGAUCGCAGAAGAUGUGGACAUGCUUAAAAGACUGAAAGUCAACCAUUACAGGUUCUCCAUCUCGUGGUCCAGGAUUCUACCUGAUGGGACCAAUAGCUUCAUCAACAAGCCAGGACUGGACUACUAUCACCGUCUGGUAGACGCUCUGCUGGCUGCCAACAUUAAGCCUCAGGUGACGCUGUACCACUGGGAUCUGCCACAAGCCCUGCAGGAGAAAGGAGGCUGGGAGAAUGACACAAUAGUGGACCGGUUCAAAGAGUAUGCUAAUGUCAUUUUUGACAGCUUAGGAGACAAAGUGAAAUUCUGGAUCACUAUUAAUGAGCCAUACAAUGUGGCCAUGAUUGGGCAUGGAUAUGGGAGUGCUGCACCUGGUAUAAGCUUCAGACCAGGCACUCUCCCGUAUAUUGUGGGCCAUAACCUCCUAAAGGCUCAUGCUGAAGCCUGGCAUCUCUACAAUGACAAGUAUCGCGCCACACAGGGUGGCAUCAUCUCCAUUACCAUCAACUCAGAUUGGGCAGAGCCUCGCAACCCUUACAGGCAGGAGGACAUUGAUGCUGCUAGGCGUGUGGUUCAGUUUUAUAUUGGCUGGUUUGCUCAUCCUGUGUUUAAUGGAGACUACAGUGAUGUUAUGAAAACUAUAAUUCGAGAGAGGAGUUUAGCAGCUGGAUUGCUAAAAUCACGGCUCCCAGAAUUUACACCUGAAGAAGUCAAUAGAGUCAAAGGUACCUAUGAUUAUUUUGGAUUCAACCAUUAUACAACUGUCCUGGCUUUUAAAGUGGACUACAAAGGUCUUCAGCACUACGAUGCAGAUAGAGGGGCAGGGACAAUUGCUGACCGUACUUGGUUAGACUCUGGCUCCACUUGGCUGAAGGUUACUCCACCUGGAUUCAGAAAAAUAUUGAAAUUUAUCAAGGAGGAGUAUGGGAACCCUACUGUUAUCAUCACAGAGAAUGGCAUCUCUGAACGAGGCCCUAUGAACCUAAACGAUAUCCACAGAAUUCACUACUAUGAGAAUUAUAUCAAUCAGGCACUAAAAGCUCACCUGAUUGACAAGGUUGAUAUCCAAGGAUACACUGCCUGGUCUCUAAUGGACAAUCUGGAGUGGGCAACUGGCUUUUCAGAGAAGUUUGGUCUCUUCUAUGUGAACCACUCUGAUCCCUCCUUGGGCCGUACGCCCAAGGAGUCUGUGAAGCACUAUGGGACCAUCAUCACCUGCAAUGGCUUUCCAGACCCAUCACAGGGCCCACACCCUUGCUUAGUCCCUGACCCAGAUGGAACGAGUACACCAACCAUCUCCCCUUCUCUAGUGGUGAGGUUUCUGGGUAUGGAUGUGUCUGUCCCCGAUGCAGAGGUAGCUCUGAACACCCUCUUCAGCCUCACCAUCAUUGGGACUGCUGCAGUUGCUCUGGUGUCCUUUAUGUGCAUCAAGGCUACCAAGAGAUCAAAACAUCCUUCAGCUGAAAAUAUUGCUCUGCAGUAA